CGUCUACAGGGAUGUCAUGCAGGAGAACUAUGAGACGGUGGUCUUGCUGGGGUUUCCAAUUUCCAAACCUGAUGUGAUCUUGCAGCUGGAACGAGGGGAAGAGCCGUGGGUCCCAGACCGCCAUGGCUCUGAGAAAAAAGUGCUCCCAAGAGCUGCCUGCACAGAGAAUGACCUAUGCGGGAAAAACUCCUAUGAGCACUCAAACCUUAUCACACAUCAGAGAAUCCACACAGGAGAGCUGCCCUACACAUGCGCCGAGUGUGGGAAAAACUUCAGUUGGCGCUCAAACCUUAUCAGACAUCAGAGAAUCCACACAGGAGAGCCACCCUGCACGUGCAGUGAGUGUGGGAACAGCUUCAGUUGGCGCACAGACCUUAUUAGACAUCAGAGAAUCCACAUGGGAGAGAAACCGUACACAUGCUCCGAGUGCGGGAAAAGCUUCAGUCGCAGCUCACACCUUAUCAGACAUCAGAGAAUCCACACUGGGGAGACACCCUACACGUGCUCUGAGUGCGGGAAAAGCUUCUAUGAGCGCUCGGACCUUAUCACACAUUGUAAAAGCCACACGGGAGAGAUGCCCUACACGUGCUCCGAGUGUGGGAAAAGCUUCAGUCGGCGCUCAAACCUUAUCACACAUCAGAGAAUCCACACAGGAGAGACGAGAGAAGCCCUACACAUGCUCCAAAUGUGGUAA